AAAUUUAAUUUAGAAAAUUUUGUUUAUCUCUAACAGAGUCAGACACUGAGGAACAAACAGAGACACAAAAACAUCAGGGGCAUGGCUUGCUUAUCCUGCCACUCUAUAACCAAAACACCAGUAGUAUUUGCUUCUCUUCCCAGAAAUACAAACUCUCCAUCCCCACAAUCCAACACUGAUCCUAAGCCUCCUUCACUUCCAGUUCCAGUUCCCACGACAACAACAAGUACCAGAACCAAAAGCACCACUACUCUACCACUACCAAGAAAGAAAAGAGUCCAAGACAGGCUACAACAACAGCUCAAUCUUAUGAAUAUUGAACGCGUCGUUGGUGCUGGCAGUUAUCGUGACUAUGAGAAGCCCAUUGACCAAGAGAAGAAGGAGAAGAAAAAGAAGAAGAAGAUGUCGGGAUUUAUGGAGGAGGGACCAGUGGAGAAGAAGCUCCGAGAGACUGGAGAGUGGGUUACCACCAAAACUGAAGGAGGAUUUCGUUCCAAUGGUAAAAGGAUUUUAAUGUUCUCUUUUAAGUGGGCUAUACCACUUUAUAUUUUUAUGGUCUUUGUGGCUUCUGGAGUUAUAAAGCUACCUUUCAGCUCACAAUUUCUUGAUGAUCUGCUCAUGUAAAAAUAUCAAUUGAGAUCACUGUGCUUGCAAUGUUAGUUUGAGAGUUUUACCGAGUUGUGCACAAAGCUUCCAGCUUUUCCUGCCAGAAUAGAUAUCAAUUUAAAUGUGGAAAGCUAAAAUUAAAGGCUAACCUGCAGGUAAGCGGGAGCAUCAAGCCAUUGAAAUUCCAUAAUGUAGAGUGCCAGAAUGAGUUUGAACAGGUGGAUUGUAUCUGCAAAUAGCUUUAUGCUGCAUGUUUGUGGCAAGUUGGAAGAAACCAAGGACAUGUUGGCUACUUGGUCUUAAUUUAUCUUGCAAUUCCUGUCAUCAAAAUAAUUAAGAUAUCAGUGACUGGGUAGUAAUUCCUACUGAGAUUGCAACUUCUGUUU